AUGGCGACGACGAACGAGGAGGCCAAGUUGAAGCUGCUGCAGCCCGAGGCGGGCGACGCCGGCGAGCAGGUGCCCGACGUGUACCGCUCGCUCAACUUCCGCAGCCUGCAGGACCCGUACUCGCACGGCGCCGGCGACACCAUGGCCAGUCGCUAUAGCACGUUACGCGCCGACGACCUCGAGUCCAUGCUCAACGGCGGCCUCGAGCGCUUCUACAAGAAGUACAACCACCUGUCGCGCAAGAUCAACCUGCAGCUGCCGACGCCCGAGGUGCGCUUCGAGAACCUGUCCUUCUCGGUGCAGGUGCCUGCUGAGGCCGGCGCCUACGGCACUGUGGGCUCGCACCUGGCCUCCAUCUUCACGCCGUGGCAGAAGGUGCCCAUGACCACCAAGCACGCGCUGCACCCGAUGAGCGGCAUCAUCAAGCCUGGCUCCAUGACGCUGAUCCUGGCUAACCCGGGCGCUGGCAAGUCGACGUUCCUGAAGGCUUUGGCCGGCAAGCUGCAGGACAACAAGCAGACGGAGAUCGGCGGCGAGAUCCUGUACUCGGGUCUGCGUGGCGACGAGAUCGACCUCAUCAAGCUCGUGGGUCUGGUUGACCAGAUGGACAACCACAUCCCGACGCUGACGGUGAGGGAGACGUUCAAAUUCGCCGACAUGUGCGUCAACGGCCGACCCGAGGACCAACCGGAGGAGAUGAGGGACAUUGCGGCCCUGAGGACCGAGCUGUUCACCCAGAUCUUGGGCCUGGAGGAGUGUGCUGAUACGGUGGUGGGCGACGCGCUGCUGCGUGGAGUGAGUGGGGGAGAACGCAAGCGCGUGACUAUUGGCGAGGUACUCGUGGGUGGCCAGAGCCUGUUCCUGUGUGACGAGAUCUCCACGGGUCUCGACAGUGCCGCUACGUUCGAUAUCGUCAAGUCCAUGCGCACGUGGUGCAAGACGCUGGGUGGAUCGGUGGUGAUCGCCCUGCUGCAGCCGACGCCUGAGGUGGUGGAGAUGUUCGACGACAUUCUGAUGGUCAACGAGGGAUACAUGGUCUAUCACGGGCCGAGAACGGAGAUCUUGAACUACUUUGAAGAACACGGCUUCACGUGUCCUCCUCGUGUGGACCCGGCUGACUUCCUCAUUGAAGUGACGUCGGGCCGUGGCCACCGCUACUCGAACGGAACGGUCCCCAACAAGAACCUGCCUGUGACGUCCGAGGACUUCAACAAUCUAUUUUGCCAGUCGCACAUCUACCGCAAGACGCACGAGGCCAUCAGCAAGGGCUUCAACGAGCACCAGUUCGAGAGCCCCGAGGACUUCAAGAAGGCCAAGAGUGUGGCCAACCUGGCCCGCUCCAAGGAGAAAUCCGAGUUCGGCCUGGCCUUCCUCCCGAGUACCAUGCUGCUGUUGAACCGUCAGAAGUUGAUCUGGCUGCGUGACCCCCCGCUUCUGUGGGGUAAGGUUAUCGAGGCCAUCAUCGUUGGCUUAGUGCUCGGCAUGAUUUACUUCAACGUGAGCUCGACGUACUACCUCCGCAUGAUCUUCUUCAGUAUCGCGCUGUUCCAGCGUCAGGCUUGGCAGCAGAUCACCAUCUCGUUCCAGCUGCGCAAGGUCUUCUACAAGCAGCGCGCGCGCAACUUCUUCCGCACGAACUCGUACGCAAUCGCCGAGAGUGUGGUGCAGAUUCCAGUCAACCUGAUCGUCUCGUUCAUCCUCGGCACGUUCUUCUACUUCAUGAGUGGACUGACGCGCACGUUCGAGAAGUACAUCGUGUUCUUCCUGGUGCUUGUGUGCUUCCAGCACGCCAUCAGCGCGUACAUGACGAUGCUGAGCGCGCUGUCACCGAGCAUCACGGUUGGCCAGGCCCUGGCUUCGAUCUCCGUGAGCUUCUUCCUGUUGUUCUCGGGUAACAUUAUCCUGGCCGACCUGAUCCCGGACUACUGGAUCUGGAUGUACUGGUUCUCUCCGAUCUCGUGGGCGCUGCGCAGCAACAUGCUGUCGGAGUUCUCGAGCGACCGCUACACGCCCGUUGAGAGCAGGACGCUGCUCGACAGCUUCUCGAUCUCACAGGGCACGGAGUACAUUUGGUUCGGUGUCAUUGUUCUGCUGGCGUACUACUUCUUCUUCACGACGCUGAACGGUCUGGCGCUGCACUUCAUCCGCUACGAGAAGUACAAGGGCGUCACCCCCAAGGCCAUGACUGACAACGCUCCUGAGGAGGAUAACGUCUACGUCCAAGUGAAGACUCCAGGUGCAGCUGAUCAAGCCUCGGUAGGAGCGAAGGGUGGUGGUCUACCAUUUACUCCAUCGAACCUGUGCAUCAAGGACUUGGAUUACUACGUGACACUUUCGUCCGGUGAAGAGCGGCAAUUGCUUCAGAAGAUCACGGCACACUUCGAGCCGGGCCGCAUGGUGGCGCUCAUGGGUGCCACCGGUGCUGGUAAGACGACGCUCAUGGACGUGAUCGCUGGCCGUAAGACGGGUGGCCGCAUCGUGGGCGACAUCUACGUGAAUGGCGAGCUCAAGGACCCGGCCAACUUCAGCCGCAUCACGGCCUACUGCGAGCAGAUGGACAUUCAUUCGGAGGCUGCGACGAUCUACGAGGCGCUUGUGUUCUCGGCGAACCUUCGUCUUCCCCCGAACUUCACCAUUGAGGAGCGCAUGAACCUGGUGAACGAGACGUUGGAGUUGCUGGAGUUGUCGCCGAUUGCUGGCGAGAUGGUUGGCCGCUUGUCGGUGGAGCAGAAGAAGCGCGUGACGAUCGGCGUUGAAGUGGUGUCGAACCCGAGCAUUUUGUUCCUUGAUGAACCAACGAGCGGUCUGGAUGCACGUUCGGCCUUGAUCGUGAUGCGCGGUGUGCAGUCGAUUGCUCGCACGGGUCGUACGGUGCUGUGCACAAUCCACCAGCCGAGUAUCUCCAUCUUCGAGCUAUUUGAUGGUCUGCUUCUGCUGCAAAAGGGUGGCUACACGGCCUACUUCGGCGACCUCGGUGUGGACUCGGUCAAGAUGCUGGAGUACUUCGCAUCGAUUCCUGGUACGGAGGAGAUUCGUCCGCAAUACAACCCGGCCACGUACAUGCUCGAGGUGAUCGGCGCUGGUAUCGGCCGCGACGUGAAGGACUACUCGGUGGAGUACAAGAACAGCGAGUUGUACCGCAAAAAUCGCGAGCGUACGCUGGAGCUCUGCGAGGUGUCAAGCGAAUUCGUGCGCCACUCAACGCUGAACUACCGCCCGAUUGCUACGGGCUUCUGGAACCAGUUGGCCGAGCUCACCAAGAAGCAGCGAUUCACGUACUGGCGCAACCCGCAGUACAACUUCAUGCGAGUGUUCCUGUUCCCGAUCUUCGCCAUCAUCUUCGGCACGACGUUCUACCAGUUGUCGGCCGACAGCGUGAAGCGCAUCAACUCGCACAUCGGUCUCAUCUACAACAGCAUGGACUUCAUCGGCGUUGUGAAUUUAAUGACGGUGCUCGAAGUGACAUGCGCCGAGCGCGCCGUGUUCUACCGCGAGCGCAUGUCGAACUACUACGGACCGCUACCGUACAGCUUGUCGCUGUGGUUCGCCGAGAUCCCGUACCUGGUUGUGGUGAUCAUCUUGUUCGUGACGAUCGAGUACUGGCUGGUUGGCUGGAGCGAUAACGCUGGCGACUUCUUCUUCUUCCUGUUCGUGUUCUACCUGUACACGUCGACGUGUACGUAUGUGGGCCAGUGGAUGUCGGUGCUAAUGCCGAACGAGAAGGUGGCGAACGUGGCUGUGGGUGCGCUGUCGUGCCUGUUCAACCUGUUCUCGGGCUACCUGCUGCCUCGCACGGCGAUGAGGCGCGGCUACAAGUGGUUCACGUAUCUGAUGCCGUCGAGCUACUCUCUUGCGGCGCUGGUUGGCGUGCAGUUCGGUGACAACCAGGACAUCAUCGCGGUGACGUCGGGCAACACGACCACGGACAUGACGGUGGCGCACUACAUCGAGAUCACGUACGACUUCCGGCCUAACCGCAAGUACAACUUCAUGGUCGGCCUCAUUGUGAUCUGGGUCGUGGUGCAGCUCGCCAUCUACUUGACGCUGAAAUACGUGAGCCACCUCAAGCGAUAA